AAAGGAUCUAAUUUUAAAUUUCGAACUAUCUUUUUUUUCGAAAAUGAAAGUGCUUUGUGCGUUCCUGGUUAUCGCGGUGGUGGUUUGCAUAGCAGCCGCUGGACCUCUCGAUGAUAACAAAAUCGAGAUCUUCUCUGGGGUUGCUAUUGAAAAAGAUGCGUCAGGGGAAGAAAAACUAAAAGUGAACUUUGAACCUGGCGAACUGAAAGAAGCUGCAAGGACGUUUGAAGAAGCACGGGGUAAAAUCAAGAAAUACGCACCGCUCCUUGCUGGUAUCGGAGUGAAGGUGGUGGCAGUGGUCGGUCUGCUGUUCGGUGCUCUCACACUCCUGGUCACCAAGGCUCUGGUGGUGGCCAAGCUCGCAUUCCUCGCGGCAACCGCUUUGGGAGUGCACAAGUACUUCAGUGGAGAAGGUUUCAACAGUAUAAGCAAGAAUUCCGCAUUCCCAACGGCACCCCAGCAGUGGACAUCCCCGUCCGCACAAGCAGCUUCCUACCCCUACGCGAGAUCAGUAAAUGCACAGGAUGCGAACGAUCUAGCCUAUAAAGCACAAAUACCUUCGUAAAUGCUAGUGUCAGUGUUUUUAGGUUACUCUAACAUGUAGGCGAAUUGAACCGACUUCAAAGCUACAGAAGGAACGUGGCUUGCGAAAUGUCUUUCGGACGUCCGAACGCUCAAGGUUACAUUUGCAACUUACGUCCGAAAGUUUGCACAGUUCAUUGUACUAUGUAUUAUCCAGA